ACCACAAAAAGUCCACAAAUGUGUGAGAUAAAUUUCACCAUUAAAUUCAUAGAUUUCUCAUCCAUAUUACUUUUAUUUAGCAAAUUAAACAUAAAUAGUGCUGAUCAACAUGAAUAACAAAGUUUUUAAUUUUUAUCGAUAACGGAUUGGAAGAGCUGCUUUUGUCAGUCCUCAGUUUAUUUUAGCUAACUUAUCGACUUGAACUGUCACAAUCUUAACCUCUUUUGCCUUCGCAAACGUCAAACAGUGUCAAUUUUCGUAGAUAUCAUUGUUUAUCAGGUGAAACAAACGGAGUUUAGCGUGAGCACAAACUAAGAAAUUAACAAAAAUGAGAUUUAGAUUUCUCGGCGAUGGCGACUGUCCAGACUGGUUGUUGGCGGAAAUCAACACGCUUUCGCGAAUGACUUCAAUUAAAAUGAAAAUGCUAGGUCAAGCAGUAGCUAAAUAUUUGACCGAAGGAGAACUUGAUGAGGAAAAAAUUAAAAAGAUCACACAAGACGCCAAACUUGAUGUAAGCGACGCGAAGGCAAUGGUAGCCGCCCUCGAAUUGAUAUUCACAUCUUCCGCCCGAUAUGGCGUUUCCGCCGCCGACUUGAGCAGCGAACUGCAACAAUUGGGGCUUCCGCGAGAACAUAGCACAGCUGUGGCACGGCUUCACACAGACCACUGUCCCCAGAUCACGGCCGUUCUUUCAUCUCAGUCUUUAAGAGUCAGUCGCUUGUCCUCCAUCGAGGUACUACCUUGCGACAGCUCAUCGCCUGUUUCCGCUGUGACGUUGAAAUUGAAGAAAGUAGAUGGAAAAGAGGAAGACUCUACUAUAAAUAUCUCCAAAGAUGAUGUGCAAGUUUUAUUGAAGGAAUUGAAAAGAGCAAGGGCGCUAAUGGAAAACUUGUGAAUAUUAAAUAAAAUAAUAUAAUUGCUGCAUUUUAUAAUAUAAUGAUUGUGAUAUAUUGAUGAAAAUAUUUGC